ACUAUUUAAAUAUUGACUUUGUUAAGAUUAAAAAAGGUUUAAAAUGCAUUAUGGGUCAAGUUUUUCAAAUUACGUUAGAGCUUUUAAGAUAAUUAAUUUUAAAUAAAAAAUGUAUCAAGCUGGAAAGACCUAUUUUGAUUCCAAUGCACCUGUUAUUGUUUUAAAAAGUUUAUUUUCGAAGUAUGAUGCUGAUAAAAGUGGUCAGUUAAACAGAGACGAACUGAAAGUGUUUUUUAUGGAAGAUUUAGGAUUUACUAAAGAACAAUGUGACGUAUAUUCAUUACUUCUUGAUAAAGAUGGAAAUGGCCAAGUUUCUUUCGACGAAUUUGUUAUUUGGUUAAAAAGUGGCGAGAAUUUUUCAAAUGUGAGCAGUAAAUCCCGAUUUCAUAAAUUAAAGCAAGCUGUAGACAUGUUCAAUGAGUUUGAUGUUGAUCGUAGUCAAUCACUCGACCGAGCUGAGUUUAAACGAUUAUUCAAAUCUUUAAAUGGUAAUCCUUUAAAAUUAGAUGCGGCGUUAUCAGAACUUGACAAAGAUGGAAACAACCUAAUUUCAUUUCAAGAGUUUUUGAGAUGGUUAAAUUGGGUUCCACUGGAUAAUUUUUAAAUACUUUUUAAAUAUUUAAAAAAAAAAAUCAAUAGGAAACAACAUUUCAAGUAAAAAUAAGGUUGGUUAAACUAAAAUAAAUAAAAGUUAUAAAAAUUUGUAUGGUUAUACUAUGGUAUGGUAAUACUCUUUUAUUUUUAAAGAAUAUUUUUUUUAUAAAUAUGGAUUUUAGUUUUAUACAAUAUGGAUUUUAUACAAUAUGACUUCUUAAGUUUAUUACAAUAUGUAUUUUUAAAUAAUAAGUAUAUGUUUUGUUUUA